CGGGCUUAAUUAGCGUAAUUAGUAACUUUUCUUUGUUUUUAGGUCUUAAUUUCGUAAUUUGUUUGUUUUUCUUUAUUUUAUAAUUUUAUAGUUUGAUUAUUUUAGUUCUCAUUAUUAAUUUUCUAUUUUUAUUUUUAUUUUUAUUUCUAUUUCAAUUUCAAUAUUUAUUUAUUUAUUUAUAUUAUUAUUAUUAUUAGUCGUUAUUUGUUUUAUUUCUCUGCGUCGUUUCUUCCUCGUGCUUUUUAUUAUGUGUAGGUGAUGCCGAGAGUGUCAUGGUACAAGUUCCAAGGGCCGAUUAAUCAUAGUACUUGGCAAAGAAAGGAAGCUUAACCUUCACCACAUAUUCUCUUAUCCUACACCACAUCAAUUACCAUCCACCUUCAUCUCUUCCCUCUUGCUCCAACUCUCUUCUUCACCACAGCCAUCAACAAUAGCAGCAAGCCAGUAUCAACACAAACAGCGCAACCUCCAACACCAAUCAACCACCGUCGCACAACCAACAACAACAACACCAAAACACGGCUUAAUCGCCAAUUACAGAGGAAAAACAGAGCAAAAACAGAGAAAUAGGUUUGGUCGAACCCGAAUAGAGUUCGACCGAACCCAAUUUACAGAAGCUACUGAAUUCAAAGGUUCGCCCGAACAUCACAAGUGUUCGCCCGAACCUAUUUAGCGCUCAAAUUGGUACGGAAUUAAUGAUUGCACGUGACGAUGGUGGUACUAGCUUCUUGAAUUACCGCCGUACAGCCCGAAGUGGAAGGCUACGAUUGAGAUGCGAUUUUUGGCCGUGUGAUUGAAGGUCGAAGAUGAUCGAUGGUGGAUGUUGUUGAUCGAUGAUUAAUCGGCGGUGAUGAUUGAAUGAUGAUGGAUGAAGAUGACUGAAGAAUUAUGGCUGUGGAUGAUGGAGGAUGAUUGAUGAUCGACGGUGGUGAUUGGAAGACCGAUGAUGAAGAUCGACGGUGGAAGGCGAGACGAUUGAUGAUGAUUGACGGUGAAGAUUUAUGGAGGAGCUGCGAAGGGAACGGCGAAGGAACAACAAUACUGAUUGUUUUAACGGUUUUUUCAUGAAAUGCCCAUGAGGUUUGCAAUAAUGCACCAAAUACACCUGCGCGUUUCAAAAUUCAUAAAAUACCCCUAAAGUUCCGUACUGUUCAUUAAAUGCUCCUGGAUUUAACGGACGUUAGCUUGCCGUUAGUGACGUUUUACCAAUUUGCCCUUAAUUGUUGUUUGGCGCGAUUUAGGUAACAAUUGUGACUGAAAUUCCAAAAAAAAAAAAACUUCUCAACUUCUCUUCUUUCUCUCUCCUUUCCCCUGUUCUUCAACCCUCAUCAAUUCUACUGUAACUGACAAAAUUCUGGGUAGAUCUUCAAGAAUUUAGUGAAAUUUGUUGCGUUCUCUUUUGGCGAGUUCGUGGGUGUUCGUUUGGUGAAUUCGCGACAAAAAGGGGGCAACUUGGAGGCGAUUUAGAGCUUCGGGUGCAGUGGACGAACAAGGGCCCUUUUCCUAGUUGGAUUAUCUACUUCAAGGUAAUAAUUCCUUCUUCGCUGAUUUAUUUUGCUUGUAAAGUACAAUUUUUUUCGCGAAAUUGAUUAGGGUUAGGGUUUUGCGAAAUUGUCAGUGAUUUUUUGAAAUUGUCAGUUGAGAUUAAUUGAUUGGUUAGAAGUUAGUUAUUCCUUGGAUUUGUUGUGAAUAAUUGUUUGGUUAGUUGUAAGUUGUGAUUGUGACCUGUUGAAUUUCAUUGUGAUCAUGAUUGUGGUUGUUUAUUGAUGAAUUGUUGUUGGUUGAAUCGAAAUUCAUGUUUUUUUUCCUUAAAUUUUCCCUUUAGGAUGACUGCAAUGUGGUUGUUAUUGCAUCAUGGAUCACAUAGCUUUGAUGUGAGAGUUACAGACAUGGAAAAGUAUCGUCUUUUGAGGUUGUUUUUGGAUAUUUUUGAGGAAUCUGUUAGGCAGGAUGUGUUUUUACCUAGUACAUUUGCCCUGUUUAUUGAGUCUCCCUGUGGUAGAGUUGAGUUGGUAGAUGAUAAGACAAUGAAGCUAAUGUGGGGAUGGAAUUGGGGUAAGGACACUGCUGAAAUAUGGGUUGAGGGUACAGACAAACCAGGAGUGGUGUUUAGAAAUGUUGUUGCCACAAUUGAGCAUCAUAGGAAGGAGAGUGAGAGAAAGCUCAAAGAGAGACAAGAUGAACUUCUUAGGGCUCAAAGAAAGGAGGAAGAGGAAAUGAGGAAAAAACAGGAGAGAGAGGACAUUUUAAGGGAACUUCAAGAACAAAUGGAGUACACAAUAGCUGUGGAGGUGCAUGUGGUUGAUUGUGAGGACUUAAGCACUGAGUAUGUGAGGAUUAUAAGCAAGGAUGGUGCUGAUGAGGUGUUUCCAGGAGCCUCUCAACCACAACCCACACAAGAAUCUUCACCCUCCAAAAAACCUACUUCUCCUAAACCAAAACAAAAGGCCAAAGUCAAGCCAACUACUCCAAAAGCUCCUAAGGUUCCUAAAGCCAAGAAACUGACCCCUAAGAGGAGACCCACCCCAACUCAAAAACAGGCCACACCAAAGGCAAAAAAACCCACCCCAACAACAAAAAAGCCCACCUCAACACCACAGCAACCCACCCCAACUCCAGAACAAUCAAUUCCACCAGCACAGCAACCCACCCCAACAACACAGCAGCCCAUCCCACCACCACAGCAACCCAACCCAUCACCACAAACACACCCCACCCAUUCCCCACCACCACAGAACACCCAAAAUGAUCAACCACCCCAUUCCCCACCACCACAGAACACCCAAAAUGAUCAGCCACCCCAUUCAACACCAACACAGAAUCAGUCUGAAGCUGUUAAAAGGAAGGGGGCCAGAACUAGACCUACAGGGUUCAGGGUGAACAAAGUGACUGCCAAGAAAGCUGGAACUUGGGUAUCCAAAGGGAAGGGCAUAGGUAGGAAGGGUACAGGGAGGUCAAAGAGUGCAAGGGUGUUCACUGAUAUUGAGGAUAUAGGUUCAGAAGAGGAGAGUGAGGAUUCAGAUUGGGAGGAAUCUGAACCAGACUCUGAACUAGAGGAGGAUAAACUUGAUGAUUGGGUUGACUCUGAUGUGGAGGCUGAGGUGAUAACAGAUGAUGUGCCUGACUUAUUGUUUGAGGAAUGUUUGGAUGGUUCUAGUAAGAUGGAUAAGGCCUACAAGAAUGGAAAGAUAUGGACUCAUCAACCAUAUGAGUCCAUCAAAUUAGAACCUUGGUUGAUCUUUCCAGACAAGUCCACUUUCCUAGAUGUUUUGAGGAGUUUUUGCAUACAAGAGGGGUUUGGACUAAGUGUUGAGAGGGCUGACAGUAAGAGGUACACUGCAGUGUGUGCAAUAGAAACUUGUGACUGGAGGAUACAUGCAAGUAAGAUGUUUGACAGUGUCAGUUGGGCUAUUAAGGGGAUCAGUGGGUGCCACAAAACUUGUGGGAGAUUGGAGGAGAACCCUGUGGUGACCUCUGAGUGGCUAUGUAAGAACAUGAUGAGUCUAAUUGAGGCCAACACUGAAAUUCCUGUUGAGACAUUGAGAAGGUAUGCACAGGAGACAUUUCAAUUGAGGGUUAAAAAGAGAUUGUUGUACAAAGUAAGGAGUAUGGCAGUAGAGAAGAUACAUGGUGGUUGGGCUGAGGCUUAUGAGUUGCUUCCUAGGUAUGCUGAGAUGAUUAAAAAGACAAACCCAAGAAGUUAUGCACUUAUUUCAUGGGGUGCUACAAGUGGGGAUGUGAACCCCAAGUUCAGAGCUUGUUUCUUCUCCUUUGCUGCUCAAGUCAAGGGAUUUUUGAGGGGGUGCAGGCCUAUAAUUGGAAUAGAUGGGGCUCAUCUAAGUGGGUUUUACAAGGGAAUCCUACUCACAGCUGUUGGCAUUGAUGGGAACAAUGAAAUAUUUGUUCUGGCUUAUGGGAUAGUGGACACUGAGAGCUGUGAUAGUUGGACACAUUUCAUGAGAUGCUUGAGGCAGAUGUUUGAGCAAGAGGGUUGCAACAAAGAUGAUUGGACCUUCAUCAGUGACAGGAUGAAGGGAGUUGACUUGGCAGUGAGAGAUACUUUUCCUAGAGCUACUAGGAGAGUUUGCUGCCAACACUUGUACAUGAAUUGCAAAAACAAUGGAUUUAGUGGAUCUGCUUUCUUCAAACUGUUUUGGAUAGCUGCAAAUGCACACAAUGAGUAUGUGUAUGGUAAAGCAUUAGAGAAGAUCACUGCUCAUGAUCCAAAUGCUGCUGCAUACUUGGACACAUGCCAGGAGCAGUGGUCCAGGCAUAUGUUUGACCCUGCUGUUUGUUGUGAUCACAACACAACAAACUUUGUGGAGUCAUUCAAUGCAUGCACAAAACCAUACAGAGACAUGCCUGUAUUCUCAUUGUUGGAAGGUAUAGCUCACCACUUCAUGUUCUGUUCCUUUAUUUUGUGAUGUUUGUGAUGUUCUGUGUAUAAUGUUGUAUGUUGUUGUGUUGUUGUACAUCAAUCAGAAAGUGGUGUAUGGAGAGGGUUGGGGCAAGAUUUGACAUGGCAAUUGAUAUGGAGGAUGGUCAGUUGACUGAGUAUGCCAAGAAAGAGGUGGAUGAAAGAACAGGAGAGUCUAGGUUCUGCUAUGCUACAGCCUGUGGUGGGGGGGAAUUUGAGGUCAGAGAUGCACAUGUGAACUUCCCCAUCAGGUUAUCAACUAGAAGCUGUGGGUGUGGGAAGUGGCAAAUUUCUGGAAUCCCCUGCAAGCAUGCACUCAGGGUGAUUUAUGACCAAAGGCUGAACCCCAUUGAUUUUGUCUCCCCAUUCUUCAAGUCUGCUGCAUACAAGCUUACAUAUGCAGACCACAUUCACCCCAUGUCAGACCCAACACAGUGGCCUAACUUUUCUCUCCCUACCAUUCAGCCUCCAGUCAUCAAAAGACAAGCUGGCAGACCUGCUAAGAAGAGAAAGAGAGGACCAAAUGAACCCAGGAAGGGGAAGAGAAACAGCAAUGUGAAAUGUGGAAAGUGCAGGGAGUUUGGUCAUAACUCAAGGACAUGUAAGAAUGGAGGACCAAGCACUGGACCAAGCACUUCAGCAGCAGCAGGAGCAAGUACAUCACAAGGGGGUUCAAGGGGGAGGAAAAGAGCAAACACAGCAACUUAACCAUGCACAAAGUUAAAAGUUAGUCAGUUUUUGGUGAAUUGUAGGUGCACAAAGUUAAAAUAGCUUAGGCAAUUUACAAUUAGUAUCACUUUUUGGAAAGAACACAAUUGCUUAGACAAGAUGUUUUUGUGCAGUUUCAGUGGCAUUUGUCCACUUAGAAAUCAGUUUUUGUAAAGCUCAUAUGCUUAAACAAGUGAUGUUCUUGCUUGAAAUUUGUUACAACUCUACUUCAUUGCUAUCCAAAUUAGAAAUGCAAACAUUAUUACACCAAUUUUUAUUGCAAACUUGAAUUGUUGUUUCUGUUGUUUCAGUUUCUUCUUCAAUAGCUUCAACUCUUCAUGCAUUCCCCUGCUUCCUUCUUGCAUUCCCCUGUUUUCUUCUUGCAUUCCCCUGUUUUCAUCAGCUCUGUUUCCCUUGCUUUGAGCUUCAUCAAAUGUCUGCUCAACAAAACCUUUGCACCACUUGAAAUUAUCACAAGAAUCACACUUGUAGUAAAGCUUUUGCGGAUUUUUAGCCGUUUCCGAGCUCCUAAUUGCAAAUCUUCUCCCACAAUUGCAGUUUUUAUUUGGAACUCUUAGGUAUGACAAACUUGGGAUGGAAGAGGAUCCGGUUUUUGAAUUAGAACUCAUGGCUAUUUAGGAAAUAGAGGGCUAAACAUGGAGCAAGUCAAGUGAACAACAGCCUUACUUAUAGGCAGCAUGAACAUAACGGCUAUAUUGAAUUAAAACUAGUCGUUGGAUUCAAAUUAUGAAGUUUGGGUAUUUGGUGCAAAGAACUUUACAAAUAGGUGUAUACUAUGCAAAACCUUUAUAUUUAGGUGCAUUUUAUGAAUUUUAAACAUGACUUAACGGAGGACUAACGGAAAGUCAUAAUAGGGGUAUUUGGUGAACAGUUUUGAGUAAAUAGGGGUAUUUUAUGAAUUUUGAAACGCGCAGGUGUAUUUGGUGCAUUAUUGCAAACCUCAGGGGCAUUUCAUGAAAAAACCGUUGUUUUAAUGGGCUUUGGGUCUGAUACUCUGAUGGAAAGGAGUUUUAGGGGAUUUGGAUUCCACUUUUUCUUACUUUCUCUUUUCCUUUUUCUUUGAUUAUUUCUAAUUAUUUUCUUUUCCUUUUCUUUUUAUUCUCUUUUAAAUUCUUUUUGCUUCUUAGUUUUUUAUUUUUACUUAGUUUUUGUUUUAUUCCUUUUUUUUUUUUGGUUUUUAAAAGAGGAGGAUAAAUACAUUCUUACUACCAACUUCAUUGGGAGGUAAAUAAUUAGUUAUAGUUCUUUUUUUUUUAGGGUUUAUGCUUAGUUUUUUUUUUAGAGAGAUAAAAGUGAGGAAAAUCAAUGGAAAAUUGGGGCUUUUCAAAUUCAAGUGUGACAAUUUAGUUUGAAGAACCGACAAUCAAUCAAUGAGCAUUUCUAUAUCUCUCUCUUCAUUUAUUUCUUCAUUUUUUGCUUUAUUUAUUUAUUGUUUUAAUUAGUUAUGUUGAGUUUUUGUUUAUUUUAAUGAUUCAUGUUUAGAUUAGUUGUUAUUAUGGUUUAGAAUCAUGUUUUUAGUUGUUAAUUUCUAUAAAUUUUGUGUUUUUAUGAUUAUGGAGUAGUUUAUUGAUUAGGGUUUGGUGAAAACUCAACUUUGAUUGGUUUGGUUGUUUGUGAUUGGAAAUUAGGGAUUUUCAUGAUUAAAUUAUUGCAUGUUUAGGCAUUUCCAAUACAUGUUGCAUUUAACUUGAUCAAUUAAGUGUUUCAUGAUUGCUUGGAGUAGUCUAGUUGGGUUGGAAAGGGAUUAAAGACCUAAACUAGACUAUUUGGUUGAAUUGGGACUUUGAUUUACCUCGGGUAUGAUAGGGUAGAACGGGAGUUCAUCCUUGAUGCUUAGGGAAAUUGCUCGCAUGUCGGGAGAUAGUUGGAGCUAUUUGUGAAUUCAACGCUUAUCAUGUAGUGCUUGUGAAUCUUCCCCGUUUUCAAUUCUCUUAGGUUCAAUCCAUGAUUUGUUGUUGUUUGACCCAUUCCCUAAUCUCUUUUAGUUUAGUUGAUUUAGUUUUAGUCGAUUAGUGACUUUUCAAAACCCCGUUUCGACCUAGCUUGUUGUUCGAUUAGCAUAGAUUAGUGCACCUUAGUCCUUGUGGAUUUCGACCCUUACUUAUCGCUUUACUUGUGUUUAGUGAUUAGUUUAGGUUUUUGUUUGAUUAGGAGAGACUAGUAACGACCUAGUUUCUACCUCUAUCCAUUGGUUUGUUAAUUUGGACUUUAAACUUGUCGUACUAUUUAUAUUUCCUUAUUUUCGUUGGUUGGUUUUUGGGAUUAAACCUGUAAUCGAUUUUUUAUAAACCUAAAGUUAGUUUUAUGUUUUCCGCUGCAAAAUUCUGAAUAAGCCGUUACGUUUUCACACGGGCGAUAAUGCGUUGAUAAUUCUCUACGUUUUAUAUUAAAAGGUUAUUUUAGAAAAGAGAGAAUUGUCGGGGUGUUACACUUACAACCAAUCAUUACAAUAUUCCAUUUUCUUAAUUUCCACCCCAACCCCCAAAUAAGAACAACUUAAAGGAACAGAGAGAGUACAAUGGACAAUGAAUUAACAUUUUGCUACAUCUACAAUAUAAUAGCAAAAUACGCUAUUGAUUAAUACAUACAAUUUCAAAAAUAAAUUAUUUAUGUUAUCUAACUUUAAGCAAAGCAGUGAUUUUAUUUUUUGUGCUUGCAAAUUGAGACUAUUAGGUAUUAGAUGCCUAAUAAACCAAUAUCCAUUGAAUAUGGAGCACUAAUAUAUCAAUUUAUGUAUAAAUAUUAUUAUUAAUAAUUAAGUAUUCUAGUAAAAAAAUAAAAAAAUUCAGCGGAUAGAUGAAUGGAUCAGAUGAUAGAUCGGGUGACGGUUGGAUGAACCUUCACCCGAAUUCAACCCAAUCCCUCGCCUUAUCCACCUGUCACCGGUUUAACAUCCACAUUUUAUCGUGUUUUCAUCCAUUUAUUCGAUUCGGGUGAUUCUGAUGUCCGUCGGGUUUAGAUAAAAUUGUCACCCCGAAAUGGGAUUAGUCCAAAUAUUUUACUAGGGGAUGUCAAAUGUUAAUUGUUUGAUUUUAUUACCAAAACUUCACUUCCCUCGUCAUCGAUGACGAGAGUUAGGUUGGCCCUCCGAUGAUCUAACCCAAUUUUCUUUCCUUACUAAAAAAAAGAACUUCAUUGGUUGCAAUCCAAGUUCGUUAACCUUUUGUUUUUAAGGAAAAAGUUCACCAACCUUAAAUUUUUCUCGAUAUUAAAUUGACCUCUUUCUCUUCAAUAAUUAUUUCAAUCACUUUUGAUUAUAGUGAAAUUGAAAUACUUUGUACAUAUAUUACAGAGUAUUUAUUUAUCCACUACAUAUAUUAUGAUACUUUGUACGCCCUCCGUAUUUAUUUAAGAGAUACACUUGGUCGGACACGGGUAUUAAGAAAAAGAAUUGAAUGAAAUAAAGUAAUAAAAUAAGUGGAUUGAGUAGAUAUUUUAAUAAAAAAAACAAGUGGAGACCAUGUCAUUUUAGGGAGUAGAGGGUUGGGGUGGGGUGUAGAUAUAUUAUUUAAUUAGAUGGUGGGGUUGAUAAUUUACUAAAAAUGGCAAGUGUAUCUCUUAAAUAAAUACGGCUAGAAAAAACAAGUGUAUCUCUUAAAUAAAUACAGAGGGAGUAUAAAGAUUUCAACAAGGGGCCAUAUAACGCUUUUAAGCAUAAUAAACUUUUGUGGAGUUAUGGUAGACCCCUUCUAAGCAUAUCAUAACACAUAUAAAGGCUUGAACAUGAAAUACUAUUCAUGUAACAGUGGAUUCCCCAUAUUACCCUUAAUUCUUCUUUGUUUUACAUUCUACCCUUGAACAAAUCUGGUGCCACGCUAUCAACUCUCCCUCUCCUCUUCUUUCAAUCUGGUGCCUUGAUUCUUUGUUUUGUUCUUCAGCUCUCCAUCUCCUCUUCUCUCAUGGUAGUAACUUCUACCUUUCUCUUCUUCGAUCUUACCUCCCUCUAUUUUUAAACUAAAAUGCCUCCUUUUCUCUCUGCUUCUCCUCCAACCAAUAUUUCCUUCUCUCUCCUUCAACCUCACAACAAUGGCAGCUGGAAAUUCUAGACCCAUAACCAAUUUGGGUUAUGCGUUUGCAAAACCAAGCUUCAACAAUCUUCAAUGGCGGGAUAUGAUUUCAAUGAGUUUGAAAUGAGGCCACUUUGACAGUCUUCACACUCUGCCCACAUUUCUACUCAUCAAUUAAAGAGGCGGAGAAUUCUCUGUAGGCGACGUUUGAAUUAUUAAAGUGGUCUUGCAGUUUGUUUACACAAGUCUCUAAGGAUCAAUAAGCAUUGCCCAUCUACAGGUUUGAAGAUGAUGCAUCAUUGGGAUCGGGAUUAGAGAGCUUGUAGUUCUGUUUGUUUAAUCAAGUGAUUCAAUUUGUUAGCUUGGAAUUGAAACUUGUCGCACCAUUCGUAUUUCCUUAUUUCAGUUAAUUGUUUUGGACCUAAUAUGUAAUAAAUUAAUUAUGAACCCAAAAGUUAGUUUUAUGUUUUUCGCUGCAAAAUUCUGAAUAAGCCGUACGUUUUUACACGGGCGAUAAUACUUUCAUAAUUCCCUACAGUUAUAUUUUAAAAAGGAUUGUUUUAGAAAAUGGGAAUUGUCGGGGUGUUACAAAGUGGUAUCUAGAAGCUAAGGUUUUACUUAACAAUUUUUUAGGCGCCUAACUAUCUAGUUAUUUAAAAUAAACUUCUUAAAAAUCGAGCUUCUACGUAUUAUAGUGUUCAAAAAUUGGUACUUUUUUUUCGGGGGCCGAUUUCCUUUUAUCUUGUUUGAAAGUAUAUAAUAUUUCUUAUUUAAGUUCAGAAUUAACUUAUUUAUUCGAAACUUUUCGUUUAUGUGAAUUAAGUACGUUUUUCGUUAUUUUCGAAAUUAAAUUAAAUAUAUUCGGAAAAAAAAAAAAAAAAAAAAUCUUAUCCCUUAAGUAUAUUUAUUCGUUUAAUAAUAAAAAAAAAUUCUUAUUAAUUAUUCGUUUGAAAAUAAAAAUAAUAAUAAAAUUUCUUUAUUUUAUUUAUUCGUUUAUUAUUAAUUCGUUUAAUAAACUUUUUCUUACUAAUCGUUCUUGUUUUAUUCUUUAAAUUCUUCAAUGUUUGACCUAUUAUGAUUUAUUAUGAGAGAUGGGUAAUAUAGGAAAGGGCAUAUAGGAUAGAAUUAUAUGUGCAUUAGUAGUUAAUUGCUAGCAUAAGAAGUUAAUUGCUAUGUGCAUAUGUUAAAUGUUUAAGUGUUGCAUGUAAAUGUGCAUAAAAAUUGUUUGAUUACACCAAACUUAUUGUUUUAUUGAAUUCUGAUUAUGCUUUGGUUGGGAAAUCGUUAGUAAGAUCUUAAGUUGUUUGUUUCAUGAAUAAAACGCUUCUUUCCAAGUACACCAACAUAGGAUCCUUUGAGAAGAUCGACGAAUACUGAGGAUCUAGAUUUCACUUCACAAAUUUCCAAAGAAAGAACAGAUAGACAAGAUGCCUUAAACAUUUGAAGUUGUAAUAGUUAGUUUGUUCUUAAAUGUUUUGGAGAAUAAGUAGCAAAGCUACAACAGUUUAAAGUUAAAGCAAUAAGAGUUUGACUUAUUCUUUAUUCUUUUCAAGGAUGUAUUAAACCUUUAUAGAAUUAGCAAUAAAAGUUAAGGCAUUCGUUUCCAAUGUGAGAAUUCCAUAAUUCGCCAACAAUAGUUUAUGUUUAUGCCAUAGAACUUUUAAUUUUAUUUUGAGGACAUGUGUGUUGUGGAUAUUUAGGAUUGUUAUUAACAUUCUUUUGAGGAAUAGAGUUAGAUCAUUGAUUAUCCAAAGGAUCAAGAGUUUAUUUUGGGCACGCAAAGAGAAUGUUUUCUUCUUUUAUUCUGCCUUAUUAUUCGUGAUGAUUGAAUUUGUUCCUUGUUUCUCAGUUGAAUGUCAUGUA